GCGACGGCUGCAGCUCAACAUACCAUCUUGCUACUACUGCCCUGUUGUCGAAACCCAGCCGCCGUGAAAUCAGCUCCAAAAGGCAGUCUUUUACACAUAAUGAACUCACACGCAACGCCGCGGGGAUUCCCAAUACGGUCCAUGGCGGCUUCAUCGUCGCAUCUACCGAAGCAAGCAUCCGGCAUCCCGCAGUCAAGCAACGAUGAUUACAACACAAUACCUGAAGAGGAUCGCGAACACAUAGAUGAAGUGUUUGAGCUCAUGGACCUCAAGAAAAAGGGCUGGCUGAAUAGCUAUGAAUUCCGGCACUCACUCUCAGCCCUGGGCUUCGACUUGUCCAAACCGGAAUAUUACCAGCAACUAGAAACGCACGGGCACCCGCCCCAAGACUGGGCGGAACCGCACAACUGCCCCGUCAACCGACUGCUCGUUUAUCUCGACCAAUUUCGCUUAUGUGCCGCCAGGCUGAUUGCCAUGAGGGAUCCACGCGACGAGGCGACCAAGGUGUUUGGGAUGUUCGAUUAUGACGGCGAUGGUGUCAUCUCGUUCGACGAUAUGCGCCAUCUCGCGCAGGAUAUCAAGGACGAAAGGACAAUGACAGACGAGGAGAUACAAACCAUGAUUGAUCACUUGGACCAUGACGGCAAGGGGGGAGUCAACUUGGAGGAGUUUAUACAGAUGAUGGAGGAGGCAGGCUGAUAUCUUUUUGGCCUGUAUCAACUUGUGAGGGAAUACGGGACGGACUAUAUGUGUUGUAAUGCGAAUCGUACGGUGAAAAUUAUGUAGCGUGAGCGAUUGUAUCCAGGCAAUCAACAGCUGGCCUCAUGUGACUUCCAUGCUUGUGGCUCAAGGCGACAUAGGCCACCGUACCUCGUCUCAGCGUUCACUCCAUCAGAGCUGUGAUCACUCGGGGGUCAUGUGGAGGAUAAUAAGGUCAGCGUUGUACUAGAAUACGAAGGCUAUACGGCACCAAAGCACGGCUGCUUAUGCUUCUUUGUUACACUCAUUAGUACACUUGACCUUGCUUCGACGGUCUACGCCCAUCAAGA